AUGACCACGCUACAGGGACCGCACGGUCAAGACAGCAGCCGCGGGGAGGGACACCGCGCGGAGGGCUCCAGGCGGCAGGACCAAGGGACACUGGACGAGGGCGCUCGCUAUGCAGAGGCGUCCAGAUCACACGGAAGGGGGUCACAGGGCGGAGCGUGGGUCACAGGAGCAGCGCGGCCAGCAGCCGGGGGAGCACAGCAGCGCAAUGCGCUCGCCGGGCCGGCAGAGGCGGAGAGAGAAGCGGGACAACAGCGGGUCCCGCUCGCCCGACUGGCGCCACGCGCGGAAGGGAGAACGCGGAGGGGGGAGGCUCUCACCGGAGCGCCGCCAGCAGCGCAGCAGGAGGGAGGACGCCUGGUCGCCGUCGCCAGAAGGGCGGCCGCGGCGCGAGACGAGCAGAUGGGAGGAGCGGGAGGUGCGCGGGCCGCCGACGCCACAGUGGGGACGGGCGGAAGGGUGGGGAGGAUCGAGGGAGAGGCGGUACGAGUCAGGAGGAAGUCGCCAGGAGGGCAUAACAGAGGGCGGAACACUGGCGCAGGGGGCAGAGCGGGCGCGGGAAGCUAG